AGUGUGCGUGAGCAUUUGUCAAUAUUUGCAAAGGUCGAGCACACAUGGCAAAACAUCAGUGGGGCGCUGCUGGCCGACUCGAACGCUUGUCCGUGUGUUGACGACAAAAUGGAUUGGUCGACUGAAAACAUCAUAGAAUUCCUCGAGCUACUACAGACAGAACCCUCUAUAUGGAACCACAGAGCAAAGAUUCAUAGAAAUAGAACACUGGUGAGUGAAGCCUGGAAUCGAAUUCAAAAUAAUUUCUCUUUGUCGUGUCCGGUUCAAGAAUUGAAAAGAAAAAGGAACAGUCUGUUAACGCAGUAUAGAGACAUUUUGAGGAGAAUCAAGGAAUCUCAGCAGAAAGCGUCCGACGGCGACGGCCACGAGUUAUAUAAGCCGUCUUGGUUUGCUUUUGAUGUCAUGAACAGUUAUUUAAGCCAUUUGUACGAAAGUCCUGUCACCGUAAAACCAGAGGAAUUAGUAUCAUACGACGAAGAUCCUCUGUCAAAUGAUUCUGACACAUACAACGAAGUCGAUAAAUCACAAAUUGACGUAGAUAUAGAGAGAAUAAACUCAAACAAACGAUCUGUAUCAUGGGAGCCAAGAAUUUUGCAUACUCGCCGCUUAUCCCAUGAUUCUACCCCUAGUGAGCAAGAUUAUUGCAUUACUAAGAAACGACGAGCAACCCAAGAAUUAAGAGUACUUGCUCUAGAAAGAGAGUUACCCAAUGUCAACGAGAAACACCAUGAGCAAGACAAAGUAAAAGAAUGUGACUUAUAUGGUCAACUAUUAGCUGAGAAGUUGAAACCACUGGAGCAAAAUGAUAGAUUGCAGUUGAUGAACGAGAUUGAUAACCUUGUUUUCAACUACCUGAUGAGAAUGAGGAAACAGAAAGUAUCUCGAAAUAAUUUGUCAAAUGACCAACCCGUGCAUUUGCCGGGACCGUCUAGUAAGAUACCCAGAAUUCAGUGA